AUGGGAAAUUCUGAAGCUAAACAACGAGCGCAAUUGUUGUAUACGAUACAGUCAAAUUGCGGUUAUUGGUUUAAGAACAAACAGAUUCUCGAAGAAGCUCUAACUCACGAUAGCUGCCGUUUGACCAAUCCAGAAAUUCUAACGUAUGAGCGACUGGAAUAUUUAGGUGACAGUUUUUUAGGUUGGAUCAUUACAGAUUAUCUAUUUCGAAAAUAUCUCAGUGAUAAUGAAGGUGAUCUGAGUAGAAAACGAAGUGAUCUCGUUUCGUCUUCAAUGCAACGAAAAAUAGCUGAUAAACUUAGAAUUGAUGAAUACAUAAAGUUCGACAAAAGUGUUCAAAAUCAAAAUUCUGGUCAAGCAUUCCGGAAAUAUGAUAAAUUUGUUGAAGCGUUGAUUGGUGGCAUUUACAUUGAUGGCGGCUUUGAAAAAGCAAAGAGCAUCGUUUACAAUUUAUGGGGACUAGACGAGCUUGGCUCGUGUAUUAUAUGCUAA